CCGUAUCUCUCAAGUCUUCAUCCACUCUUGUCUGUGUAUCAUUCUGGACGUCGAUCGCGCUGGAGCGCUGGCAUUUAUUGUCAGCUUUGCAGUAUACUUUAUAUUUCGUACCGCAGUCCUCAACUCCCCCCUGACAAAUCAUCCCCAUACACCCAGUUAUUUCGAAACUCCUUUGAUUUUUAAGCUUCAAGCAGCUUCAAGCUCUGCCGUGUGCCAUUGAUAGCGAACACGCACUGGCUCUUUACAAACGCUCGUCAUGCCCAACAAACGACCUCUGACUCCCAAUCUCCUCCCGCCGCCGAAGCGUCUCCAUACAUCCGACAACCCCCCUUCCAUCCCGCAUGCUCCGCGGCCGAACUUUGACACGCUCCUUUACGACGAGAUCAUACUGCUUAUCUUCUCGUACCUGUCUUGGACAGAUCUCUGCGCAAUCCAGCGAACAAACAGAAACUGGUCGAGGCUCGCGCUCGACAACCAGUUGUGGAAGGCUCAGUAUCUGAGCGAGUAUGGUAGAUCGAGGCUUCGUGGAGUGCGAGGCUUCAUAGGGCGGGCAGAUGGCCGGGAGAUUAGGCCACUGCCCGGUCGAGCGCACUCGGAAGGCAUCAAGGAUUGGAAAUGGAUGUUUCGCAUAAGCUCGAAUUGGCGUACAGGACGCUGUUCGGUGGAAGCAUUGCAAACUGGACUCAACUUCCCCUUGUCGGAUAGGACGCUGCUACCGUCCAGCUCAGAUUCACAAGGUGUCCAGGAUCAAACAUUCCUUAUAAUCUCUGGCAGCAUGACGAUAACUGCCAGUUCUCGGGCAUCCUCUCAUCCAGUGCUCACUCUUAUUGAUACAACGCAUGGCACACACACUCUACGGUCUGCAUCAACCCGGCCGUCGGCGACAGUGCAGGUUACGGCUCUCGCCCUUGACCAAUGCCCUCCAACGACUACUCACCAUGCUCGGCUCGUGUCGUUUCUCUCGACGGGCGAGUUUGUUCUAUUUUCCAUAGACCACCACACUCCCACCCACUCAUCACGGCUGUUCACUUACGUGCCAAAUUCCCGAACGUCACGCACAGCGCCGAUCAUUCAGGCAGUAUAUCACCACCCGUUGCUUGUAACGCUCUCACAGUCAUUCCACCUGUCGCUGUACGACCUGUCCAACGACAACGUAGCCCAUACGCAGACGCUCACAUCCUUUACCUCGCACCCUCCAAGUUCCCUCGUCCUUUCCACUCCUUCUCCAGGGACAUACAAGCUCGUCUUGGCAUAUGCGAUUCCUGUGUACCCUUCGCAUUGGAGUGUUGGUGCUACGGAGCUGAUGGUUGCGAGUGAAGCAGGCGGCCGAAUGGCAGUCACCGGGACGCGUACCGCUCGUGCUAUCGAUGUGCCUCAGGGGUGGAUCGACGAGAACAAGCUCCGCCUCAUGCGUGAGCAGUGGUCUCGCAAGGUCGCCCGCGUAGCAGACACACAGACUGACGGGAAGUGGGUAGUUCUUGCUCCUGGCGAUGCCGUUCCUACCAGUACCGCGGAAAAGAAUGCUGUGGGUUCGCCCUCUUCGUCAUCCGCAUCUUCAUCUCCUCCGUCAAGUCCUUCUCGGUCUCCUCAUUCGUCGCUUUACACAUCUUCAAGUCUGCACUCCGCAAACGCGUUGCAGCUCUACCGCCUCUAUCUGCCUGCAUCGUCUUCCCCCACGGCGAUGCCCAAGUUGACGUUCGUGCGAAGCUUGCACGGGCAGAUUGGCCCCGUUUCUGCGCUCUCUCUCGCCGAUGGGCGGUGCGUGAGCCUCGGUGUGAAUGGGAGUAUUUGGGUGUGGGAUCUGGAGGGUGGGACUGGUGCAGAGGUAUCCAGCGGGAGAGUCGCUGUUGCACACGCUAUCGACGAGGUCGAGAGUGAGGAGACGAGGCUGCGGGCCGCAUCGGGCGUGAAGGGCACCGUGGUGUUCGACGAGAGGAGGAUCAUCAGUGUUGGUACAGAUGGCGUGCAAGUAUGGAGAUUCGACGUAUAACCAUCGAUGUAGAGCUGUUUGCGCUGUAUCGUAUUCUGUCCUCGUGCAUUGUAGAUUUCUUGAACAUGCAUUGUAGACUGAGACAAGCCCAUCACUGAAGCUGAUCUAACAGGACUGAAUUGCUAAUUUGUGUUGUUCACUAUAAGCAACACUC